CAGAGGAAAACACAAAUUGUCUCAGAUGCAGCAGAUGAAGGAAGAAGAAUCUAAUGGGCAAGAGAAGAAGUUAUCUACCAAUGAGGAAAGCCAACACAAAGAAAAGGAUUAUGAAGGGAAAGAUCAAAAGGAAGAGCACCAGCUUCCUCUAAUGGCCUUGAAUCUUGUAUCGAGGCUUUGUAGGAAUGUGGAGGAGUCGGUAGAUUUCUACACCAAAAUGUUGGGGUUUGUCAAGAUUGAGAGGCCACCGGCUUUUGAUUUCGACGGCGCUUGGCUGUUUAACUAUGGAGUUGGGAUUCACUUGGUGCAGUCCAAAGAUAAGGAUAGGCUCCCUGAUCAAGAUCAUUUGGAUCCCAUGGACAACCACAUCUCAUUUCAGUGUGAGGACAUGGAUGCAAUGGUGAAGAAAUUGGAGGAGCUAAACAUAAAGUACAUGAAGAGGACAGUGGAGGAUGAUAAAAAUCGGACAAAAAUUGAUCAAUAUAUCUUCUUCAAUGACCCAGAUGGAUUCAUGAUUGAGAUAUGCCAUUGUGAGAAUCUCAAGCUUGUUCCUGCAGGUUCCUUGGGCAAAAUAAAGCUGCCAAUUGAUAGGCAUAAUCCUCCUAUGGGAUAUGGGUGA